AUGACCACCUUAACGCACCACCCCGUGUCCAACACCGCCGCCCCAACCUCAUCUGCAGCCCACAAUGCCGGAUUCCCGCUCACAUUCAACCUCUACUUCCACAAAGCGCACCUCCACCUCGGCGAGCACGCUUCGCAGCCCCAGCACUCCGUCAGCCUCCACGCGGGCUUCGGCAGCAAGCCCGAACUCGUGCUCCACAGCGGACCCGACAGGGCGUCGAGCACUCCUCUUGCGACGGCCAAGACGAAAGGCUACCUCUCCAACCAGUCCAUCAUUACGCUUCCCGCCUACGGCAUAAAAGAGCAGCUCCGCGCCCACUGGAGCCUCAAGUCCGCGACGUACUCCUUCUCAAUUCCAGUCCAAGACGGCGCCAGCGCACUCCCCGCCCGCUUCGAGUGGCGGCCAUCGCGCGGCGACGAAGUCCAGGGGCUGGAUAGCUCGAAGUGGACGCGGGGGUGGAAGCUGGUGCGGGUGGACGGCGAGACGGCGGAGGAGCGCGGCGGCAAGCGGAGUGCUAGAGACGCCGGGCUGGCGAGCGCCGGGAGGGAGGUUGUGGCCGUGUGGGCGGACAACGGGAAGCUGAGUAUGGAUAAGGUUGGGAAGUUCCAGUUUCUGGGUAGGGGUGCGACGGGGGAGCUGGGGGAGCGCUGGGCGAUUAUGGCGGUUGCGAGUGUUUUGAGGAUAUGGCAGGUGACGUAUGCGGCGACGGCUGCGGCAGUAGCGGCUGCGUAG